ACAUGGCGGCGCACGGUGCCUUCCGUCUGCUGCGGGUUUCAGCUAGCGUUACAAACACACAUUUGGUUGCUCGCGCUUUUCCGAGCGCACUCUCCGGGAGAUGUCUGUGCUCAGCAGCCGCUCGAGGACACGUGGGUUUCUCCGACCCCGAGGUUCAACGCCUAUUGAAGGUAAUGACGGGAUGUGACCUUCAGAAAGUCUUCAAGGUCACGCCGCAGCCGACGCUGAAACCUCCGUCAUACAAGUUACUCACAGACCAGCAGUUACAACAGGCGGUGUCUGCGGCGGAGGAAGAGGCGGGGCAUCUGUUGACUCCGCCCCCGGAGCUGGAGGAGCGGGUUGCCAUUAACGACGAGUUGUCCCAUGAUGCCUUGCUGGAGGGAGCAGACGAGGCCAAGCUGGUCUUUACCGACAUCACACUCAACGUGCCGCACCGGGAGCGCUUCAUGGUGGUUCGUGAGCCGAGUGGCUCGUUGCGGAAAGCGUCGUGGGAGGAGAGAGAUCGCAUCCUGCAGAUCUACUUCCCCAAAGAGGGACGACAACUUACACAUCCCGCCAUCUUCAACCAGGAGAGCAUGAAGUUGGCGCUGUCUGAGGGUCGUCAUGAGGAGAUCCUGAAGAGGAACCUGGUGCAGUUCGAACCCGACUCAGCAGAGUACAAGAGGGUGUGUGUGCAGGUGUAUGAGGAUGUUGAGAGGAACGGAAGCUACGAUCUGCUGCGCUCGACGCGCUUCUUCGCCGGACUCGUUUGGUUUCUAGGCAACAACAAACGCAUCGACGCACUACUGCUGGACAUGCUGCAGAGAGACCUGCUUGAGGACGCUGUUUGUCUGGUACGUCUCUUCCUCCUCCUUCACCCCAACAGCCAAUCAGCAACGAGAGCUGACACACACACCACCGGACUGGAACUACUCAAGGUGUAUUGUGAGUGUGAUUGCCAGAAGAGGAGUCUGAUGGAGUUGGCUCUGCAGACACACCAGCAGGCUGAAGCCCUCAGCUCUCACUAACACACACACACACACACUGCAGACACACACACACACACACACACACACACACACACACACACACACACACACACACACACACACACAUAUCAAACUCUCACAAACAUCAAACUCUCACAAACUGGCUAUCUAUCUGUGUCUCUCUCUCUCUCUCUCUCUCUCUCUCUCUCUUUCUCUCUCUCUCUCUCUCUCUCUUUCUCUCUCUCUCACACACCCCAUGUCCAUGUCCGUGUCCCUUCUGCUGUUGUGUAGUAGGGUAAAGCUCGGCUUCCUUCUGUAAAUAAUAAUUAUAAUAAUAAAUGCCGUUUCUAUA